AUGAUUGCUUCCUCGAAAUUCUUCCGUUGGAUUUCCCCCUCACUUCCUGUCCUCAUCUACCCGCAGGCUACCUGUCCUGUGCCAAAGUUCUUUCGCUAUCUCCAAUCGAUAUUACAGCUUCAUCUUCCAGCUCUGCGCAACCCCCCAUCUGAAUUACACCCCGCGAUAACCCGAGAUGUCUCUUUGCCAGAACCGUCUCCAGGAGGAGCGGUAAGUUCACCCAAGCUACCUUUGAGAUUGCAGAGAUGCGCAUUCUCUGCAUUCGAGUCUCGUUCCGCGCUAAUAGAUGCAAAUCACAGAAAGCAGUGGCGUCGCGAUCACCCAUUCGGGUUUGUCGCAAAGCCUACACGCACUGCCCAGGGCGGCCUGGACCUCAAGACUUGGGAGUGUGCGAUUCCUGGCAAGGCCAGCACCCUCUGGGAAGGUGGACUUUUCAAAAUGAAGGUGGUGUUCCCAGAUGAAUACCCCACCAAGCCACCCAAGUGCAAAUUUGACCCAGCGUUGUUCCACCCAAAUGUCUACCCUUCCGGAACUGUGUGUCUGUCAAUUCUCAACGAGGAAGAGGACUGGCGUCCCGCGAUCACGAUCAAGCAAAUCCUCCUCGGUAUCCAAUCUCUGCUUGACGACCCGAACCCCGACUCGCCGGCCCAGGCCGAUGCCUAUAACCUGUUCAAGAAGGACCGUCCGGCGUACGAGCGCAAGGUGCGCCAGGUUGUUCGCGAAAACCAGCCCAACUAG